CAAGAGUGAUGUGCAAAAAGAUAAAUACAUUCUAUUUAGCAUUUAUGACUUGUUAAUGCUUAGUUAAGUAAGGACAAAAAUUUCACAACAUAAAUUCUUUUUUAAUUGGAUUAUAAUCAUACAUUAAAAAAUGCCUGCUGAUGUACUAGGAUAUGUUUAUGCCGCUACAGUAGCGGCCGGUGGCGUAUUUGGUUAUAUAAAAGCACAAUCGAUUCCAUCCUUGGGUGCUGGACUCCUCUUUGGAUCAGUACUGGGUUAUGGGGCUUAUCAAACUUCUGAAGAUCCCACAAAUAUUAGACUUUCUAUAGCAGCAACUCUGGCUCUUGGUGGAAUUAUGGGUUUCCGUUAUUACAGUAGUGGAAAACUAAUGCCAGCUGGAAUAAUUGCUAUGCUCAGUGGUGUAAUGCUGGUUAAAACUGUAGUAAGAUCAUUUACUGCAACAGCACCAGUGAAGACACAAUAAUUCAGAUU